CCUAAUCUUCCAAAUACCACCUUUCUAAGCUGUAUAAACAUCGCUUUCAAGCAUAGGGGGAAGACAGACUGCACUUUAGUCCGAGGGAAAAAGGAGGAAGAUGACGAUUACAUGGAUCCAAGGGAUUCCCUUAGUGAUACUACAGUUGGCAGAACUCCUACUCCCCAAAAGAAUCCUCUACAAGGCUCGUUCCCGUCCUCACUCUUACUUUCCAAGCCAAAGAACCAAUCCCUACGCUACUACUUAACAUCACGUGAAAGUCUUAAUUCCAAGCUUUACCCGACCAAUCUUAUUGCGAACCCAGCCUACGCUAGUCUUACCUUAUGUGUACUCCGAAGUUGA